AUGUACACAAAUGUAUCCAACAUCGAAGUCAUUGAGCUUCUCAAUCCGGACAUACCAGAAAAACCGUCGAUCUUUUUAAAGUUACGAGAAGCACAUACAUUUUUGAUUGAAGUAUCGCAAGAGUUGUGCGAUUUGUACUCGUUGCCAAUAUUUUUAUCCAUCGCCGUGUACACUAUAUCAUUUCUAAAACAAUGUCAAGUUUUCAUAGACGGUAAUGUAAGGGAAAAUAAGAAUGCCAUCGUAGAUUUAGUCAUGCCUUUGAUAUUCUUCUUCGACAUUGUCUUUAUGUUGAUAUUAUUGACAAAGUCAGCUAGAUCAACAAUCACAGAGAGCAAGAAGGUUGACUUGACACUGAUUGACUGCUUGAUGUAUAACGACAACGUGAAAGAUAAGCAUGCAUUGUAUCAGCUUGUAUUGUUUGCGAAUCAAUGUAUGAGCACGGAUCUAAGAUUUGCAGCUAUAAAUGCUUUUGUGCUGAAGGAGUCACUACUCGUAAAGAUGAUAAGUACAGUUAUAUCAUAUUUCGUAAUAUAUUACCAAUUCCAUCCGGACUCAUAG